AUGACGUUCCUUGGAGCCAUGCUGAGUUUGCUCCUGCCGCGGUCGGCGUGGAGGGUAAUCCAGCGUCGGAGCCGCACGGGUUGGAGGCAGGACCAGUUCCUGCAGAGCGCAGAGGAGGUAGUAGUGGAAGACGAUUCUGCCUCGUCCUCGAGGCGGACAGAACGUCCACACGAAGAGCGCGGUCGCUCCAGGAGCGAGGCAGGGCCACCACCACCGACCUCAGCUGCGGGCGCACUGCUACACGCCGCCAGUGAGAACAACCCCGCCUCAUCCGCAGACGCCGGCACCGUCGUCGACAGCAGCAGCACCGGAAGAAAGGGCCAGGAGAGCGGCACCCGAAUCGGCCGCAGGCUCAGACGAGGAGGGGGUGGGAAUGGCGGCAGCAGGUCGUCGUCUUCGGGGGGCGACGGGUCGUCCUCGGUGGGGGGGUUAGGGGGGGUAGGCGUUUCGGGGGCAGGGGUGGGGCCGGCGAGGCCCCCUGCGGCGAAGCGAGACUCCUCGGUCGGCAGGAACGCCGCCGCCCCCGCCGCCGCCGCCGCCACCGCCGCCGGCAGUGGUGCCGGGGAGGGGCCGGAGUCCUCGCUAGACCUGUCGCUCAGGUGGGAGGGAGUCGUGCUCAAGGACGUGGAGCUUAGGAGGGACUUCCUUUCCGAGCUCCUCGGGCUGCCGGUGGACGUGCCGCACGCGUUCGUGAGAAGGGCGGUGCUGCACCUACCGUGGUACACGCUCCUGCUGGGGCCGAAAGCCGGCAGGCAGCGGCCGAUGCCGCGUUGGCUGAAGUGGGUCCUGCGGCGGCUCAAGGUUAAGCUCGCGGACGUUACCCUCCGCUACGAGUCUGUCGGGAUGUGCCCGCUGCAGGGUGCGGCUCCGGCCGCUGUGGAGGUCACCCUAGGCAGCCUAGAGGUGCAGCCGGUCUCCCUGCAGGGAGCCUCGGCUUGGUUCAAGCGGCAGGUCCAAGCAGAGCACAAGAGCCUCCAGUACCGGGAGGGCGAGAAGGUGACUGGUGCCAACGAACCGGUGACCCUCAAUGCCACCGAAGACGCCAUGGCCCUUGUGUGGGGCGUAACGGAAGAGGUGUUGCGCCUCGCGGACAUGAACUCCGGUGCAAGCGCUGGUGCCGGGGGAGGCGUUGACGGGACGGGCUCCGGCGGGGGUUACGCCAGCGGGAGCGGUAGCAGCAGCGACGAGGACGGCGAUGGCGACGAUGGGAGCGAGGAUGAGUGGUACGACGCGUUCGGGUCCGAAUUCGAGUCCGGGUUUCAGGAGCUGCCGAAGCCGCGGCGGCGUCGGGGUGUCCUCCGCACCGCGUUCGCCACGGCCGCCGGCCGCCGCCGGAGCAGCAGCAAGAAGAAGCAGAAGCAGAAGCAGAAGCAGAAGGAAGAGGGGUCGUCCUCCGGACGGCCCCCGUUCCUUAGGCGGCGAAAGGCCUCUGACGACUCGUCCGCCGCCGGUAGUAGUGGCGGCAUUGGUUUCGCGUCGAGGGGAAGAGGGCUAAGCGGCUCGUCGUCGUUCUCGCAGGGCGGCGCAGCGGGAGAGGACGGCAGCGGCGGCGGCAGCGGCGGCGGGCUCUGGGCCGCGACGUCGUCCUCGUCCGUGCUGUCGGUCACCUCUGCCGGCGGCGGCGAUGGUGAUCUAAGCCCGGCGUGCUUCCCGAGUCCAAGAAGUCGGACACUAGAGGCGGCGGCGGCGGUGGACGCGGUGGCGCUAGGGGGAGUUCGUCAUCGUGGAGCAGCAGCUCUUCGUUGCCGCGGGAGUCGUUCCUCCGACAAGCCCUCUUCAACGGCACGGGGACAAGAGCCCAGCGCAGGCGGCGCUCGUAGGACCGGUGGUGCUGCUGCUGCUUCCUCUUCUCCGAGAAAGCUGGGCGUUGACGCAGCCGUGGGUACGGUUAGCGCGGCUUGGGCCCGCGGCAUCCCCCAGGCGGCGGCGGCCGCCGCAGCGGCGGCAGAAGCGCAGGCGGGGAACGCGAGAGGGGUUAGGCCCGCCGCCGCCGCCGGGGCCGCCGUAGUGG